GAAGUCAGUGGAUAAAGGUUUAAAGAAAGAAAGAAAGAAAGAAAAACAUCACUCACCUUACUAAUAGUAAUUUGAGUGAUAUUCUCUUUCUGCUCUGAUUAAAUUACUUUGCUUCACCUCUGUUGAAAUCUGUUCUUGUUUUGGUUGUGAGUUGUGAGUCUGUGUGUCUCCUGAUAAUCUGCAUGGCUCUGUAAAUGAGCUCAGUGUAGUGUAACCCUGCUCUGACCGUCACGUGUCUGAAUGCAUCUGUGUUUUUUUCCUUUAUGUCCAGAUUACCAGCGGCUGAUGACGGUGGCGGAGAGCAUCACAGCCUUAAUGUUCCCCUUUCAGUGGCAGCAUGUGUACGUGCCUAUCCUGCCUGCGUCCCUGCUCCACUUCCUGGAUGCUCCUGUGCCGUACCUCAUGGGUCUGCACUCUAACGGCCAGGACGACCGCACCAAACUGGAGCUUCCCCAAGAGGCCAAUCUCUGCUUUGUCGAUAUUGACAACCACUUCAUCGAGCUACCCGAAGACCUGCCUCAGUUCCCCAACAAGCUGGAGUUUAUCCAGGAGAUCUCUGAGGUUCUGCUGGCGUUUGGCUUGUCUCCAGAAGCGAACCCACAAUGCAGCGAGGGCCAGAGCAAGAUCAGGGGCUUCCGAUCAGGUGACAUGGCCUCUGACAAGCGCAACGGGAACCUGGCCGGCUCGCCGCUCAACUCAUUCCUGCUGAGAGAAAACCAAACCAUCGCUCGCCUGCAAGCGCUGGUCAAGAGGACUGGAGUCAGUCUGGAGAAGUUGGACGUGAAGGACGACGCGAGCACUAAUAAGGAUACAAAAGUGCAGUGCGAAGAAGAAGAGAUGAAAAUGCACCAGCUGAACAUUCGGGUGCGAGAGGUCUUCGCCAACCGUUUCUCGCAGAUGUUCUCGGAUUAUGAGGUGUUUGUUAUUCAGCCCAGCCAAGACAAAGAGUCCUGGUUCAGCAACCGAGACCAGAUGCAGAACUUUGACAAGGCCUCCUUCCUGUCAGAUCAGCCCGAACCGUACCUGCCGUUCCUCUCCCGCUUUCUGGAGACGCAGAUGUUUGCCUCUUUCAUCGACAGUAAGAUCCUGUGCCACGAUGACGAGGACAAAGAGCACACACUGCGAGUUUUUGAUUCCCGUGUUGACAAAAUCCGCAUGAUAAAUGUCAGGACACCCACCCUGCGGACCUCCAUGUACCAGAAAUGCACCAAUAUCGAUGAAGCAGAAAAGGCCAUAGAGGUGAGACUGUGUAAGAUCGACCACACGGCUCUGCAUCCCCAUCUGCUGGACAUGAAGAUCGGUCAGGGCCGAUACGAGCCGGGUUUUUUCCCUCGCUUACAGUCAGAUGUGCUCUCCACUGGACCCACCAGCAACAAAUGGGCGAAGCGCAGUGCACCGGCACAGUGGCGGAGGAAAGACCGACAAAAACAGCACGCCGAACAUCUCUAUCUGGACAAUGACCAGAGAGAGAAAUACAUCCAGGAAGCCAGAAACCUCGGCACCACACUCCGUCAGCCCAAACUCUCCAACCUGUCGCCUUCGGUCAUCGCACAGACCAACUGGAAGUUUGUUGAGGGACUGUUGAAGGAGUGCAGAAAUAAGACGAAGCGCAUGCUAGUGGAGAAGAUGGGACGGGAGGCGGUGGAGCUGGGCCACGGGGAGGUGAGCAUCACCGGUGUGGAGGAAAACACACUCAUCGCCAGCCUGUGUGACCUGCUGGAGCGAAUCUGGAGCCACGGCCUACAGGUCAAACAGGGAAAAUCCGCCCUGUGGUCGCACCUUUUACAUUAUCAAGAGAGUAAAGAGAAGAGAGAUGCUACUCCAGCAGGCCUCGGCCCUCCUGGUAUCAUUCAUGACACAGAGAGACGGAAGUCUGAUGCUAGCUGUGCGAUGCCGCCUCUCAAAGUCUCCUUGAUUCAGGACAUGAGGCACAUCCAGAACAUCAGUGAGAUCAAGACGGACGUUGGGAAGGCCAGAGCAUGGGUACGUCUCUCCAUGGAGAAGAAACUGCUGUCUAGACACCUGAAGCAGCUGCUAUCUGACCACGAGCUCACCAAGAAACUCUAUAAGCGAUAUGCUUUCCUGCGCUGUGAUGACGAGAAGGAGCAGUUCCUCUACCAUCUCCUCUCUUUCAACGCUGUGGACUACUUCUGCUUCACUAAUGUCUUCACCACUAUUAUGAUUCCAUACCAUGUGGUCAUCAUUCCUAGUAAGAAACUUGGUGGCUCCAUGUUUACAGCAAACCCCUGGGUGUGUGUCUCAGGGGAACUAGCCGAAACUGGGGUCCUGCAGGUCCCUAAAAACACUCUGGAGAUUACAUUUGAGUGCCAGAAUCUGGGGAAGCUGACCACUGUACAGAUGGGCCAUGAUAACUCAGGGCUGUAUGCUAAAUGGCUAGUGGAGUGCGUAAUGGUCCGCAAUGGGAUCACAGGGCACACCUAUAAGUUUCCAUGUGGCCGUUGGCUGGGUAAAGGAGUAGAUGAUGGCAGCUUGGAGAGGAUCCUGGUGGGCGAAUUGGUGACUAACAUGGAGAACGAUGAAAGAAUGUGCCGGACUCCUCCGAUGCAGCAAUCCCCCGGGAUGAUGCGAAGAUUCGUCACCAUUUCGCCAAACAGCAAACCAAAGUUAAACACGGGCCAGAUCCAGGAAAGUGUGGGAGAGGCGAUUAACGGGAUCGUCAAACACUUCCAUAAGCCGGAGAAAGAGAGAGGAAGCCUCACUCUGCUUCUGUGUGGAGAGUAUGGUUUGGUUUGGGCUCUGGAGCAGGUUUUCCAGCAUGGCUUCAAGUCACCACGGCUGUUCAAGAACGUCUUCAUUUGGGACUUUCUAGAAAAGGCGCAGGUUUAUUUUGAGAGUGCGGAGCGGAGUCAGAUGACCCAGGAUGAGAACUGGCAGAUGAGGGUCCGUCAUUUCUGCCAUUUCAUGCGCGCCAUCAACAGCACACCCAGAAACAUCGGCAAAGACGGGAAGUUUCAGAUGCUUGUGUGUCUCGGGGCCAGAGAUCACCUGCUCCACCAUUGGAUCGCGCUCCUUGCCGAGUGUCCAAUCACAGCACAGAUGUACGAGGACGUGGCGCUUUUAAAGGACCAUUCAUUGGUGAACUCUCUGAUCCGAGUACUACAGACUCUGCAGGAGUUCAAUAUCACUCUGGAAGCUUCUCUCGUCAAAGGGAUUGGGAUCUAACAACUUCUCAAGAUAAAACUAACCGAUCAGCGGGACCAUGGACUAACUUUGUUUUCGUUUUGUUUUUUUACACUGAACAAAAGGACUAAACCUGGCUUACGUUAAAGCUACCGUCAUGUUUGCCAUAUAUUAAGUGCAAUGAGCCUUUUCAAACGUGUCAUCAUUUUUAUCCACAACGUUAAUACUGACAGUCAAAAACGUCUUCUAUUUUGAUUCGUCCUUUUCACGGAAAGAAUGAAACGCUCGAGAUGUGCUCUACCGUUUUACCGAAAGCUCAAUAUUUUCCGUUGUUGUUGUUGUGGACUGUUGACAAUGGCUAUAUUUCAGAGGAAAAGGCGUAAGAAAAGCUGUUAUUAUAUUUUCAGAGAAGAACAGUGUUAUUUUGAUAUGUGUCCAGUUGCUUGCUCUGUGCUCUAAUCUAAUCCGUACUGUCACAAUGCAGAGUUUGACAGCAAAUGAUGUAGAGGUAUGCUUUAUAAGUACAACUCAUGGGGAAGUCAUAUUUUUACUUAAAAAGAGUGGAAAGGUAUGUUGAAAUGGUUAAAUAGAUUUUUUUUGUAACAAUGCCAGGGGCUGGGGUCAUUUUUCUCCAAAUGCAAAUCAGAUUCAAGAGACAUGACGCAUUUAAACAUUACACUAUCAGUCAAAAGACUGGGAUAAUUAACAUUUUUCUACGUUUUUUUUACUUUUACGAAGUCUCCUGUGCUCACAAUGACACAAAUAUUUGAGAAAAAUGCAUUAAAAUCAGUAAUAUUGUGAAUCUACAUUAUAUUAUAUAAUAGUAUUAUAUAUGUAUAGUAGACACAUAAUAAUGUGAUUACAGUUUAAAAUAACUGUUUUCUACUUUUUAUUACGCUUAUAACUUCUAAUUAUUCUAAUAUGCUGAUUCUGUGCUCAAGAAACGUUUAUUAUUAUAUACGGAAGCCUGUUUCCAUUAUGGAACAUAAACUCAUAUUUGUAACGGAGGCUAGCUAGCGAAGUGCUGUGCAGGUAAACCUCACUCCUCUGACCUCUAAAGGUGCUCUAGCGACUGAUGCUAGAUGCCAUGGUCUUUAGCCUCCUUGAUAGAGCAACCGACUCCCAUACAAAGAAUCGCCCUUUCGAUCACAGCUCAGACUGGAAUGAGUGCAGUGGGACCGGUCAGUUACACGUGGGGGCUCUUUUAGGAUGGAAGUGAGGUUAAGGGUUUGAGUGUAACGGAGGCCAACUAGUGAAGUGCUAUGCAGGUAAACCUCACUCAUCUGACCUCUAAAGGUGCUCUAGCGAUAGAUGCUAGAGGUCAUGGUCUUUAGCCUCCUCCCAUGCAAAGAAUCGCUGUUUUGAUCCCAGCUCAGACCGGGUUGGGUGCAGUAGGACUAGUGGGUUGCAUGUGGGGGCUCGUCCGGGAUGGGAGUGAGAUUAAAGAUUUGAGUGUAACGAAGGCCAGUGCUAUGCAGGUAAACCUCACUCCUCUGACCUCAAAAGGUGCUGUAACAACAGACACUAGAGGCCGACGCUAAAGCAACCGACUCCCAUGCAAAGAAUCACAGGUUCGAUCCCAGCUCGGACCAGUUUGGGUACAGUAGAACCAGUGGGUUACAUAUAUAUCAUUUUUAUAUUAUAGUUUAAUAUGGUAAUAUAUAGUUUAUAUAUAUUUUUUUCAUAAUAUAAAUGUAAAAUUCUGAAUUUUACUAAUCGCCUUUCACCUAAUUCUCACUAUUUAUGUAAUUGUGAGUCUAUAUCUUGCAGUUCUACAUUUUCCUCUCUAAUUUUUUCCUCUCAGAGUUUAUAAUUGAAAAUUUGAAGUUUUAAAAUUUGAAUGAGACACAAAUUCUCAAUUUUGAGACGGAAAGUGCAAGUUGUUAGGUAUAUACUCGCAUUUUCCAAGUUAAAAAGUCUUGGGAAGAAUAGUGAGAUAAAAUGCUAAUUAUAUUUUAAUAUUUUUUAUUCUAUUAUUUUUGUUUUUAAUGUUGAAAGCAAAAGUAGCCGUAUUUCACAAUAAGAUUUAAAAAGUAAUUUAUCCAUUAAAUUAAUAUAAAGUGACAGCAAUAAACACUUGCUGUACCAAAUAACAGUUAUUUAACAUGACAUGUUUUUACAAUUAUUAGUUUCACUGUAUUUCUGAUCAAAUAAAUGCAGAAAUUGUGAGCAUAAGAAACUUUAAUCGAUUGAAAAAAACAUACAUAUUAUUAUAAACAUUUGAAACUGUGUCGGUCAUCAUUUACUCACCCCAAUCUCAUUCCAAUCCCACUUUCUACAAUGAAAGUGAACGGUGACAAAAAGCUUCCUUCAUUGUCCUUUUCACUUGAUUAAAUGGUAAUCGAGCAGCUUGGACUUGUGUAUAAAUAUCUCCUUUUGCAUUCCAAACAGCAAAAGAGUUACCUUUCUCAUUACUUUUUACAUGAGAGACAUUUUAAGACAAACUAAGAAAGGAUAACGUUCAAUUUUCACCUCAUUCUUUUAAAAUAUCCCCAACUGUUAUGUCAUAUCGGGACUAAUCUAAUUAGGUUGCCGUUUUUUCCCCUUCCCUGCAGUUAAAGAUCCCAGCAGCCCCUCUGUUUCUGCUAUGCAAUAUUUACAGUUCCCAAAACUUUAUCGAACACUGAUGAAAUGUAUCAUUGGCCUGUUUGAGAGUGCAGCGUCAUUUGUAGGAUGUAAUGGGAGAAGCACAUUAAAGGCUGAUAUUCAUGUGCCAAUUUCAUGACUGUUCUGGUUCCUGUUGGCAUGACCAUUCUGGGAGUUGGUAUUCUAUCCCUUCCACCCUUGUGUUUUAUUUCUUGAUACGUUUAUAGACAAAGCAGUGUAAUGUAGUGUUAAAUAUUGAACAGCUGUGUACAGUGUAUAAAAUGUAUUAAAGGUGACAAUUCAA